AUGAGUACCAGAUCUAGCUCGCCUGAAUACCCCAGCUCGAGAGACGAGUCUCUUUCAUCAAAGGCACCAUUGAUGUCGGAUUUGGAGGCACAAGAUAGCGAGCCAGUACAUCAAGGUCGUCAAAAGUGCUUGAAAUUCUCGAUACUGAGCUUGGUUGUCUUGGCUAUUGGCUGCCUGGGAGGAUCCUUUGCUUAUGCAAACUUGAGCAAAUUCACAGCCGAUGAAAAAUCAUCCGAUCACUUGGACUUGCCGGACGAACCACUAGCCGCCUCAGACGAGAAGCAUCUGUUGCUAUUAAAUCCAACCGUAAAAGAGGCGAUCAUCGGACGAUGGCAGGAGAGGGCCAAGUUCAAUGUGAGCGAGUAUAUUGACGCAGAGAAUGGUCCAACUUUUUACAAAAUGUUUGCGAAGAAAAUGACAGCCGACCUUGAAUAUGAGCUAGUGGACGUAAACGUGUAUCAAACAACAUUCUACGUCUCUUGGAUGCCCCCACUCAAGUACCCACUGCGGCUGGACCAGCCCUAUCAGCAUAAAAGCCCUUCUGGUGACCCGGUCACAUCAGUGGCUCAGUUCCGGCCAGAAUUCGACGAUAUUUUCGUCAAUACUCAGGGCGGGCACGAAGGGCCGGUAACCACGAGAAUACAAGUCAUCGAUGGAGAGUUGAUUCUCACAUCGACAAUGGUAGAGAAGAAUGUUUCGUGUCAGAGAAUUUAUACCCGAAGAGCCCCAUAA